AUGUUUGAUGUGAAAAACUCAGUAGAGGCAAUAGAUGAUCCAACUACCUCUAACAACGAAUGCACGUGUGCCUGUCAUGAAGCUUCAAGCAGUGGAAUGAAAGAUUCACUCUCUGAUCAAAGUGAGGAGAGAAAAAGUUCAGAGCAGACUAUCAGCUAUUUGGCUGUGCAACUUGACAAGGCAGUGAGUAAGUGCACUGAACACGGGGAACUUCCUUCUGCCAUCAAACUACCUACCGUGUCUGUCAAAAAGGUAUUCCAGGGGAAAUGGAAACUACAUGUUGAAGGGGGAAAAUAUCUAUUGUACUCUAGCAAUAUUGCAUUCCAGAUAGCGGCUAUUCUCAAUCGAGCUAAGUCAGCUAACAAGCAACCAAGACCUAAUCAUGAAGAUGAUAAUGCCAUAACCUCCAAGGCAAUUGCAGAAAGGCUGGUUGCAUCUGUUGAUCAGCUGGCUCAAAGCAGCAGCAGCCUGGUAGUCGGGGCCUGCAAAGGCCAUAUAAAUUUUUAUGGUGCUGCAACACAGUCUCCUUCUGAGAGCAGUGAAACUCUCAGUGGGCCUGAAGAAUCUGGAAGAGGUUGUAAAAUAAAAGGUUGCUGUUCAAGGAAGAGUAACGAACAUUUGCUUGGUAAAAGGAGGAGGCUUGAGGUUCGGUUGAAAAGGUCUAGUUUUGAUCCUAAAGAGUUUGAUUUGUAUAGACGGUAUCAGCUAAAUGUGCAUAAUGAUGAUCCUUAUAAUAUCACAGAAGGCUCAUACAAAAUGUUUCUGGUCGACUCUCCUCUAGUCUUUGUUCCAUCGUCUGGUGACAGCGGGGUUACUCCUUGUGGGUUUGGUUCUUUCCAUCAGCAAUAUGUAAUUGAUGGUCACCUAAUUGCUGUUGGAGUGAUAGACAUCUUGCCAAAAUGUUUGUCAAGUACAUAUUUGUUCUGGGAUCCAGACUAUGCUAUCCUGUCUUUCGGCAAUUAUUCAGCCUUGCAAGAGAUAAAUUGGGUGAAAGAGAAUCUAGUACAUUGCGCUAGUCUUCAGCACUAUUAUCUUGGCUACUAUAUACACUCCUGCAGUAAGAUGAGAUAG